AUGAGGUUCUCGACAAUAUAUGCUGUUACUACAGCUCUCAGCGCAUCAACUGGGCUGGCGUCACCUCUUGUUGAUGAGAAACGCGAUCUAGUUUGCCUAGCUCAAACUAUUAUCAUCAAUAUCAUUACCUUGAAUCGCGGUGAAGCAUUCUGCUCAGCCUAUCUUGGGAUCCAAAUUUCAACUAUCCUCACGACAACCACUAAGACUCAAACUUUGACUCCUGUCAGAAUCAACGUGAAGAGAUCACCAGAGCCACUGCUUAAUGAUGGACAACUUGGCGCUCGAGACCUGCCGUCAAUCCCUCCAUAUUUAAGCAUAUUCGCAGCUUCUAAGAUAUCAUCUGCCUGCAGUUGUCUGUCAUUGCCGACUCCCACCACCACAGUAACAUCCACCGUACAACAAACGAGCACCGCGACUUCCACGCCAUCCGCGGUCACCUUUCAGAUUCAAACACCCACUUUUGUCACAGUAACAAAAACAGCUAUCAAUACGAUCACUGAAGUACAAAAGCUGACCAACACCAUAUCUACCACCACAACUGCGACCACAACUACUACUGUGAUUGUCACAGAAACACCAGUUCCAAAUUACUGCGACCAAAUGCCAAUUCCCGGUCCAUACUCCAAAAAUAUAGAUGGAUCAGCCUUUGACAUCACGUAUGUCGAAGAUUCAACAAAGGCGGAUUGUUGUAGGAUCUGCUGGGCAACAGAUGAUUGUGUCGGGUUUUCCUUCCAGAGUUCCGACCCGAACGAAGUGUCAGCUUGUUACUAUAUUAAAGGCAUUGGGCCUGCUGUAUCAGGUGUUUCGAAUCCACCACCUAACUGCCCCUCUGGCGUUGAAGCCCAGGAACAAUUUAAUCUUGAAAACACAGACUGCUUUUUUAGUGUUAACUCUAUUGGACCUUGCGAUCUUGCGGGUGUGCAGUAUAUUAGUGGGGGCUAG